AUGAAGAAAAAUAAAGAAUGGAAAAUAACUAGAUACAACAGAGGAGGGAAGAAAUUACUGGACUUUCAGAAAAAUGAUAAAGAAAAGGAUCUAUACUCAAGUGUUAAAUACAUCACAGAAAACAUCAAUGGUGACAUUUGUACAACAGACUUCGAUGCCAGUAAAAUAUUAGUAGUGACCAGCUCAGGGCAAUACAGGUUCUCUUACUCUGGUUCUUCUAACGAUUAUGUAUUUCAUCCAUGUGGUAUCUGCACAGACGUCCUGGGGAAUAUCUUGGUAUGUAAUGGUUGCAGUGAAAGUCUUGAAAAGAGUUUAAUAGUUGAUCCUUUUAAAAGUGAAUUCGGAAUCCAUUUGCUGGACCAGGACGGUCGGUUCCUGUCACUUCUACUCAAACAUCCAUCUUCACCUAACCCCCGUGCUCUUUGUUUUGAUAACCAAAACAAUCUAAUGGUGGGAAGUAAGAACAGUCCUACUGUCACUGUGUACAAGUAUCUCCCGAGAAAAGGCACGUUGUAA